UAGCCAAGCUUCCCUCUCUGGACUCUCCUGUAUCUUCCUUUAGUUUCCCAGCCUGCGAUUCGUUGCAUGCUCCUCUGUAUCCUAGCUGCAGCUUCAGUGGUACCUGUGUUCUGCUCUGCAUACACGAUUACACCUGAAUAGUGAAAAGUGUUUCUUGCUGGCUUUUCAUUUAAGCCAAGGCCUGGCGGUGGCCGCGAGCAGUUGAGUUCCCGCCAUGGGCGUCACCCGCGCGCACAUCGUCAGGAAUGACUCCCUGGAAGGUGUGAUCGGGGACUACGUCGGCGGCAAGGGCAGCAGCAAGUCCUUCCGCGGAGGCGUGGCGAGGAACUCGUCCCGGCUGGUGGCGGCGCUGACGUGCCUCCAGUUCGCGUUCGCCAUGUACGCCACCUUCCUCCUCUACUACAUGAGCCCCGCCGUGGACAUGCGCGUGAAGCCGGACCUGGCGUGGGCGUCCCGCCUGGCGCAGCACUGGAAGCAGCUCAUGGCCCCCGGCGGGGACGCGGCGCCGCUGUCCCCGCAGGAGGUGUGCGAGCACGAGAGCAUCGACUUCGAGCAGAAGAAGUCGACGGACGAGGUGAUGAUCCGGCUCAAGCGCGAGCUCUACGACGAGGUGCUGGCGUUCCAGCAGCGGAGCCUGGGCGCUGAGACGCUGCCGGAGCUGCUCCGGAUGCGGUCGCGGUGGAGCGCGUCGGGCCCCAGCGUGCCGCGUGUCACCGUCAUCCUCAACCACUUCAAGCGGCGCACGCUGUGCGCGCAGCUGGAGCAGCUGAGGCGGCAGACGCUGCCGUUCCACCGCGCCUGGGUGCUCUCCUUCGGGAGCCCCAACGAGGCGUCGCUCCGGCGCAUCGUCGAGAGCUACAACGACUCGCGCAUCAGCUUCGUCGCCUCCGGCUACGACUUCAAGUACUACGGCCGCUUCCAGAUGGCGCUGCAGUCCGAGUCCGACUUCGUCUACGUGCUCGACGACGACAUGAUCCCGGGCGCCCGCAUGCUGGAGAUCCUCUGCCACGUCGCCGGCACGGACAAGUACGGCAACGCCGUGCUCGGCAGCAUUGGCCGCAUCCUGCCCUUCCGCCAGAAGGACUUCACCUUCCCGAGCUACCGCAAGUUCCGGUCCAAGGAGGCCGGGCUCUACCUCCCGGACCCGGCCUACGACAUCGCCGUCGACCGCAUCGUGCAGGUGGACUUCCUCUCCAGCUCGUGGUUCCUCCCGGCGGAGCUCGUGAAGGCGCUAUUCAUCGAGACGCCCUUCACCUUCAUGACCGGCGAGGACCUGCACCUGAGCUACCAGCUGCAGAAGUACAUGGGGGCCGGGUCCUUCGUGCUCCCCGUGGACCCCGGCGACAAGGAGACGUGGGGGGACAGCGAGCACCGCCUGGCCUACGUGUCCGAGACGACGGUCAUCUUCAAGGACAUCGUUCAGGUGCGCGACGAGCAGUGGUGGCGCGCGCUCACCUCCGGCUACGUCACGCAGUGGGCGGCCAUGCACCCGCAGAAGGUGGACGCGCUCCUGUACGCGCACACGCUCGGCGAGGUCCGGGCGCUGGCGCCGCUGCUGGAGCGGUUCCGCACCACGCCCGGGCGCAAGGCGUACCUGGUCGUGUCCGGCGGCGGGCACUGCCCCUGCGAGGAGUCCGCCACGGUGCUCAAGUGGCCCAAGGUGGUGUGCAAGGACCGGCGGUUCAAGAUCUUCGACCUGGGCAUCGGCGCGCUGUCCGGGCCGUCGCGCUCCGAGGUGCCCGUCCUGCAGGCCGUGUACGCCGGCAUGCGCGGCAUCGUGCGGAUGCACAACCCCAGCGUGGUGGUCGCCCUGAGCGACGUCGACGGCAAGGUGAGGGAGGCGCUCCGGAUGGCCGCCGACGCCGCCGUGAACCGCACCGCGCUCGUCCUGCUGCCGAGGAGCUCCGUGUCCAAGGUGCUCUGGAUGGCCACGUUAAAGCCGGCCUCGCUGCCAAACUGGAACCGGAUGCGGAUCUCCGUGAACAUCAUCACGCAGAACCGCGCCAAGUCGCUGCUGCGGCUGCUGACCUCGCUGCGGAGCGCCUACUACCUGGGCGACGAGGUGCCCAUCAGCUUCAACAUGGACAGCCGCGUGGACGCGGCGACGCUGCAGGUGGUGAACUCCUUCGAGUGGCCGCACGGGCCCAAGACGCUGCGGCGGCGCAUCAUCCAGGGCGGCCUGAUCCGCGCCGUGAGCGAGAGCUGGUACCCGUCCUCGGACGACGACUACGGCCUCCUCCUGGAGGACGACAUCGAGGUGUCCCCCUACUACUACCUCUGGGUCAAGUACGCUCUGCUGGCCUACCACUACGACCCCGCCGUCGCCCUGCCGGAGCUCUCCUCCAUCUCGCUCUACACGCCGCGCCUGGUGGAGGUGGUCAAGGAGCGGCCCAGGUGGAACGCCACCGAGUUCUUCGGCAAGAGGAAGGCGCACCCCAACACGCCCUACCUCCACCAGCUCCCCUGCAGCUGGGGCGCCGUCUUCUUCCCCAAGCACUGGCGCGAGUUCUACGCCUACAUGGCGGCGCGCUUCACGGAGGACGCCAAGCAGAACCCCGUGCAGAUCCCGCGCUCGCGCACCAACGGCUGGCAGGCGUCCUGGAAGAAGUUCCUCAUCGACAUGAUGUACCUGCGCGGGUACGUCAGCCUCUACCCCAACUUCCCCAACCAGACGAGCUUCUCCACCAACCACAUGGAGCCCGGCGCGCACAUCAGCGCCAAGGACAACGUGCUCAAGCACGACAAGACGGACUUCGAGGUGCCGCUCGUCGCCGACGACUUCGCGCCGCUGCUGCCGCAGGGGAAGAUGCCGCCGGCGUCCAAGCUGCCGGUCAUCAACCUCUUCAACCAGGCCGUCUCGCUCAAGGGGCUCAAGGCCGCCGGCGCCAAGCUAGGGCAGGACGUCCUCAGCUGCGCCGCCAAGGAGACCGUCGCCGUCGACCGCGUCACCGGCUUGCCCACAAACUGCACCUCCUUCGUCUGAGAUUGAUCGAUCGAUCGAUCAAAUUCACAUGCGGCUAGCUCUAGCUUACUUGAUGAUUCCUUCAACAUACAGAUACAGAUACACGCAGCAUCGCAUCGUAUCGCAUCGCAUCCCAUUGCGUUCGUUACCAUUCGGCCUGCACAUGCAUGAUCAAUUCUUUGUUCCUUCCAAACAUCAGCCUCUACCUGUACGUAGUUGUGUUUUUGUAAUUUCAAUUUAUCUUGUACUCACUACAUUUUAGCACUGUCUGAAACAAAAUCAAUGGAUUGGAGGAGGCCAGAAGUGGCUCUC